UUUGGCUCGGCUGGUCAGACACUGAUUGAGGCGGUUAAAGAGGGGUUAACCGAGAGAGCUGGACGCCGUCCUGGGGCUUGGUUGGUGGGGAAGGGCUCUGUGGUGUGGUUUCCCGCUUUGGAAACUGGAGGUGCGACUGGGCAUCUCGGGGAAAAACUGUUGUGUAAACGUAUUACUUACUGAAAUGCGCGGCUCCGUCAAAAUGCAAAGCUUUCCCUGGAACUGGGGAUCGCUGUAUUCUUUAACAUGGAUUUCUCAUCUCCAUUGCUUUCUCUCUUUUUCUGUGUAGGACCAGUUGUCCUGGCUGCAUAGCUUAUUGAUUAUAAUAUUUGUCACUUAAGAGGUGUGUUCCUUUCAAUUUACAUGAAGUUAGUGCUUAUACCAUAUGCCAAGAAGCUUUUAGUUUUGUGUAACAGCCUCAUCUCUAGCCCAGAGAGCAGGGACCUUGUCCUUUGUCCUUCCUUUUCUCAGCUCUGCCACUGGCAUCUUGAGGAGUUCUCUGCUGCAGGGGAUCUAUCUUGGGCAAUCAUUUCUCUAUGCCACUUCCAGUAAUGUUGAGGUAUUGUCUUUGCACAGGGCCUUUGAAUUUUUGCAGUGGAAAAGCUUCAGAGUAUUAAUCAGUGGCUUUCCUCUUGCUUUAUGAUUUAUUUUUUUUUCUCCCUGCAGUGUGGUUUGUAAUAUAUCAGCAGCAAAGAAAUGUCAUGCAGGUCAUAUUUCAUGCUUCUUGAUAACUUUUUCUUUUUAAGCUUUUAUACAGGUUCCUGUUUCCUUGUUUUAAAAGGAAAGGACUCAAUUUUUUUACAAUUCAAAUAUAGUUAAUGGGAUGCAUUUUAAUUGUGUAGUAACUCAAAGGGAUGGACGAUUUAGCGCACGCGGAGAUAUGUUUGCUGGCUAAAUACAACUAGUCUGUUUGAGCUCCACAUUGUAUGUUGUUCCUGCUUGAUCCUCUGUGCUCUUCCACAGCUCUCCGUGCAGUUAACAGAGGGGCAUGGCUGUGAGAGCUUGUGGCUUGAUCAUCUACAGGAGGCUGCAGUCAGCACCAUCUUCUAAGGUCACUGACAGUAUUGAAUACCUCCUCCUUCAGACAUCCUAUGGGACCCACCACUGGACCCCACCCAAAGGCCACGUGGACCCAGGAGAGGACGACCUGCAGACAGCCUUCCGGGAAACGCAGGAGGAGGCUGGUCUGCAGGCCAGUCAGCUCACCCUCAUAGAGGGGUACAAGAAAGAACUGCACUAUCCUGUCCGUGGCAAACCUAAGACCGUCAUUUACUGGCUGGCAGAAAUGAAGGACUGUAACACAGAAAUCAAGCUUUCGGAGGAGCACCAAGCUUUCCAAUGGCUGAAGCUGGAGGAUGCUUGCAAAUUUGCAGAAUAUGAAGACAUGCAAGCUACGCUGAAAGAAGUGCAUCAGUUUCUCUGCUCCAAAGAAUAAAUGCUUUUGUGAAGGAUAAGGGGAGUUUUUGAAGAAGCAUG